UUUAUGAGUAGGUGAGACUGAAAUUGAACAAGACAAACUUGUUCAGGGAAAGAUUAAAAUUCAAGAAAAGCAGUGAAAUCAGGUAUCUCAGAAUCUCAGAUCUAAACAGAACACAACCAGGCGGCAAACAGCUUGAUACCAACACUGCAACCACACCACACACCCACCAGUCUCUCUCUCUCUCUCUCUCUCUCUCUCUCUCUCUCUUCCCCUUCCAUUGAUAAUAUUUCUCCAUUUUUGACUAUUGCUUUCUUGGUUGAACAUGUUAGCUCUGAUUUCUCUGCCAUAUUCCCCACAUGCCCUCAGACCUUCCUCCACCCUUGUUGCAUAAAACUUUCCUUUUUCUCCUUUUCCACUUAUAUAUCAGGACACCAGUAUACAUUUUUUACUACAGAAAGAUCUGGGUGUUCAUAUCUCGGGUCUGAGGAUCAUAAUCUCAUCUGGGUACCAAUAAUUUCAGGAUUUUGUUGAAAUUUAGCCAAAAGGGUGUCAAAAAAUUCUUCAAAUCUGCCCAAAAUUUGGGGCUUUUUAUGAUCUUAAGGUACUCUGCAAAGAAGAAGAAAAUGGUAGUGGCAGGAAAUGGUCUGUUCUACCCAAUUCUCGGAUUCGUGUCCUGUGUGGCCUUCAUCUACUUGUCUUUCGGUAACUUGGGUUCUAAUGUUAGCGACGAAAAGAAGUUGAGUUUUGUGGGGAGGAAUGGGGCUCAGUUCAUGUUGGAUGGCAAGGCAUUUUACAUUAAUGGGUGGAAUUCUUACUGGUUGAUGGAUCAAAGUGUGGAUGAGUAUAGAAAGCCGAGGGUCCGGAAAAUUCUGCAAGCCGGUGCGAAAAUGGGCCUUACUGUCUGCCGGACUUGGGCGUUUAACGACGGCGAGUACAAUGCCCUCCAGAUUUCCCCUGGUCACUUCAAUGAGGAAGUGUUCAAGGCUUUGGAUCAUGUCAUUGUAGAAGCUAGACAACAGGGCAUCAGGCUGCUCCUUUGCUUAGUUAAUAACUUGCAAGCAUAUGGCGGGAAGACUCAGUAUGUAAAGUGGGCUUGGGAAGAAGGUGUUGGUUUGAGCGCUUCCAAUGAUUCCUUUUUCUUCGAUCCAUCUAUUCGCAAUUAUUUCAAGAACUAUGUCAAGACUAUCCUAACAAGGAAGAAUACGCUCAAUGGAAUUGAGUAUAGAAAUGAUCCUACCAUUUUCGCGUGGGAAUUAAUAAAUGAACCUCGUUGCAUAACUGAUGCUUCAGGCGACACUCUCCAAGAUUGGAUAGAAGAAAUGUCAGCUUUUGUGAAAGCAAUUGACAAGAACCACCUACUGACCGUGGGCCUUGAAGGAUUUUAUGGUCCAAAAAGCCCUAAAAGGUUGACUGCAAAUCCGGAAAUGUGGGCAUCCAGACUUGGAUCAGAUUUUAUUCGCAACUCCAAGAUCCCCAAUAUUGAUUUCGCCUCUGUUCAUAUCUACCCUGACCAUUGGUUCCAUGAUGAAGAAUUUCACGAGAACCUCAAAUUUGUCUCCAAGUGGAUGCGUUCUCACAUUGAAGACGGGAACAAUGAACUGAAUAAACCUGUCAUGUUCACCGAGUAUGGAUUGUCAAACCAGAACAAGGACUUUGAACCAUCUCAGCGUGAGAGGUUUUACAAAACUAUUUUAGACGUGAUAUACAAAUCUGCCAAGAAAAACCGGUCUGGAGCAGGUGCUUUAGCCUGGCAGUUUCUCGUUGAAGGAAUGGACGAGUAUAAUGAUGAAUUUGGGAUUGUUCCGUGGAAAAGACCGUCUGAGUAUAAGAUAAUAGUAGAACAAUCAUGCAGGUUGGCUAGACUCAAGGGACCAACUCAACAACAGCGAAAUUUGAAAGACUUGUGUUCGCAAAGAAAGUGAAAUGCUUAUUUUUUGUCCGCAGAAAAAUUCAAUUCCUUGGGAGGGUUGGGGUUAUAUAUUUACGGUUUGACGGUGCUUAAAGGAGAGAUGCAGGUUCGACUGUGUACUAUAUUCUUCCCACAGCAUAUGGAAGAUGUAAUUUCAUCUUGAAUGAAUUGUAAGUUAUAGAAAAAGUUAUAAUUGUGAUGUUAUCGAAAGCUUUACGUGAUGAAAGACUACAGAUUAACAGCCAAAAGAAGUCUUUUGAACUAUUGAUUAGGUUGCUUUGCUUGUAAGAAAUGGUAUCUGCAGUCCUGAAACUGUGCUUUAAAGCACUGGAUAGGUCUGAUAGCUCUCUAUGAAAACUCUAGUUCUCUUGUAAUGAUAUCUACAGACUACCGCGGUCUUGAUUUUUAUCCAACCGCUUUCGUUC